AUGGCGACUACUACUGUUGUCCAGACCAUGGGAGGCGGUGCAAUGAGGAACUGGUCGACGGGCCUGUUCGACUGCUUCAACGACAUCACCGUCUGCCUGCUGGGUUGCUUCUGUCCCGUAUGCCUGCUUUGCCAGUCGGCGUCGCAGCUCGGAGAGAACGGCUGCUGCUUGGCCUGUUUUAUUCCAUGUCCGUAUGGUCAGAUGCUGCUUCGGGUGAAGUUGCGCUCUGAGAAUAAUAUCCAGGGAAGCAUCUGCGACGACUAUUGCACGGUGGUUUGUUGCCAGCAGUGCGCUUUGUGCCAAGAAGCUCGCGAAGUGAAAUACCUCCAGAUGAACAAAGGUGGCGGACAGAGCUCGCUCACCGUCGUCACUACCCAGCCCCAGAUGCAGCCCGUCGCGGUGCAGCCGGUCAUGCAGCCAGCGCAGCCCAUGAUGGCCCAGCCAGCUUAUGCCUAA